UCAACCUUCCACACUUGAGAAGGGAAUUGGGGCGCAAGCCAUGACUUCGGUGUGCGAGGAUGAAUUGGCCGAGAUCAAUACCACGGGGCACCCGGAGGAUGUUUCCAUGGGGUCACACGAGACUAUUCCCAUGCCCGAUGAUCAUGCCCAUGAGCACAUGGCCGAGCUGACCGAGGAAGACUUCCCACACAUUCCGAACUCUCAGCGGGCCAUUUUUGGCCCCGAACUUUCUUCGGCCAACACCACUGCCAUUAAGGCUGAAUUUCAGCCCAUUUUUGCCAUAGGCUCAGACCCUCCCUUGACUCGCCCACUUGAGGCCCCCCAAAGUGGCCCAACUUUUCAGGCGGAUGUGGUGGAGUCUACUACCAUUACAGUCAACCAUGCAAUCAUCACCAAUAGUGCACCUUCACUAUUCCUACCGACGGAAGUGCACCACCUGUGCUCGUCCUUAUGUUGACCUUGGGAGCUCCUACCUUGGUGGUCGACGC